AUGCCUGAUUCCGCCACCAAACCUGAACUUUAUAUCCUUAGUGACUUUCACCCUAAGGCCGUGAAAUACGCCCAAAAUUCUUUUGAUUGCAUCCCCUAUGGCGAUCCACGUAGAGAGAAUUGGCACUCUCACGCCACAGCAAUCCUUAUCAAGGAUUACUGCGUCACAGAGGACGACCUGGCCUCUGCACCGCAACUAAUAGUCAUUGGCAAACAGGGCGUCGGCUUAGAUAAGAUUGAUAUAGAGGCUUGCCAAAGACAUGAUGUUAAAAUUUGCAACACUCCUGGCGUCAAUGCCUUGGCUGUGACAGUGAUGGCGCUUUGUCUGGCAUUUACUGUCGCUCGGGAAGUGCCCCAGAUAGUCAUCAGACAGAGAAUUCAGGCCGAAGCUAUCCGAAAGGAGACUGUAGCUGGAAUGUUGCUAUCUAGGAAGGCCAUCGGGGUUAUAAUCAUUGCUUUCGAUCCAUAUUUCCCCAAUAAAGAGAGCACCUGGGACACAAUCCUCCACAAGCGCUUCAAGACCCUCCCUGAGCUUCUCGAGGUCGCAGACGUGGUGACACUACAUGUCUCCCUCACCCCCACACGUGGUGGGAUCGUCAAUGAGGAAGAUCUGGCAGAUGCGCUGGAGAAGGGCGAGAUAUGUGGUGCUGGCUUUGACUUCCAUUGCGAAGAGCCGCCGACGUUGGCAAAGUAUGAGCGGCUUUGGAAGUGUCCGCGUUUCGUUGGGACGCCGCAUAUUGCUGCUGCGACGGAUGAGACACAAACUGCUACGAUCAGUGUGGCUAUAGAUGGUAUUUUUGAAGUGGAUUUGACUAGAGCCAACAAGAAGAUUGUGGCUGAGGCUAAGGCCGGACUGCUCUCACACUAA